AUGAAAAUCAAACCCUACAAACCGAUAUAUAAGUUAUGCAUUGUUGGUGCAGGGCCAUCAGGUUGUUAUCUAGCCAAAUCUUUGCUAAUACAAUCUAAAAAAGAGAACAUUUACAUUAACAUAGAUUUAUUAGACUCUUUGGAUAAGCCAUUUGGCCUACUCAGAUAUGGAAUUGCACCAGAUAGACAUGGUUUAAAGAAAACAAUUUAUAGUAUUGAAAAUUCUCUUUUUAAGAAGUACUCGGAUAAUGUAAAAUUUUAUGGAAAUGUAACAUUGGGUCACGACAUUAAAAUAGAAGAAUUAAAAGUAAAGUAUGAUGUGGUGAUUUUAGCAGUCGGCGGUUCCCAAAGUUUCCAUACUCUUCCUGUGAAAUAUAUGAGUAAAGAUUUAUUGAAUACAAUUAUAGGAGGUGUGUUCUCUUCCAGAGAUUGGGUAUUUUAUUAUAAUAAUCAUCCAGCAUUUAAAAAUAUGUUGAUUCCGUCAAAAAAUGAACUCUUUAAUUCAAUUAAUGAGAAAUGCAUAAAUGAUAAAAAAAUUGAUAUGAAAAUGGAGUUAAAUUAUCUUGAAAAAAAAAACAAUCAAUUUUUUGAAUAUAAAAGUCCCGUUUCUUCUACUGAAAUUAGCAUUCCAUAUAAAAAUGGAAAUGGAGAUUUUAAACAUGGAUAUAGUUCUGAUUUAUUAAAAAGCUACAUUCUGAAUUCCAGUGAGAGAAAUGCGGUUAUAGUUGGAAAUGGAAAUGUUUCACUGGAUAUUAUAAGAUUAUUAUCAUUUUAUUCUUAUGAUCAACUUUCAAAAAACAGGUAUUUGAACCCUGAUUUCUUAAACUUAAUUAAUACAUCAGAUAAGUAUUCAAACUUUAGUAUGGGACGGCCUUUAUUCAAAAAUAUAUUUAUUGUUGGGCGAAGAGGAUGGAUUCAAAAUUCCUUUAAAUAUCCUUUACUGAAAGAAUUUAUUGAGAAAUCUAGAAAAUCAAAAUGCAAUUUGAAAAAUGGAACAAAUGUCAGGGUAAUGAUGUCUCAAGAAGACUUUGAACUUUCUCAAGAUCAAAAUAGCUUGUUUGAGUUAAACAGAAGUAGUCCUGAUGUAAAAAGAAGAUAUUUGAAAAUGAAACAGAUUUUUCAAGAAAUGGUUAAUAAUCAUCAGGAAUACAUAAACAACAAUAUAUUUUAUAAUGAUAGAACGGUAAACAUACAUUUCAAAAAUCUCCAGAUUCCUAUCAAUAUUAAAACCGAACAAGUUGAUAUUCCAGGGAAUAAUGGAAAGGAAAAAUCAAUGCCAUUUAUCAAAGGAAUAGAGUUUGCAAGAAAUAUUUAUGACUCCGAUCUUUUAAGUAAUAGAAUUAAAUUCAAUGAGAAAGAAAGAUAUUAUUUUCCCUGCCAAUUGCUGAUUACUUCACUGGGAUUUAAGCCCAAAUAUGAUUACAUAUUUGGUGAAAGAAGAGACAAUUCAACUGAAAAAAACUCCGAUCCCUGUCCUGUUUUUAAGACUGGUUGGAUGGAAACUAAUAGUAAAGGAGAUCUCAAUACCAUAAUUCAGAAUUCAUUCAUUCUAAGUCACGAAAUAUUCAAUUUGAUUAAGAAAAUUCAACCUAAAAACGUUAAUAUGUAA